UGCAAGUGUGUACAAUUCCCAAUCCAUACUUUUCCCCCUCUUCUGAAGACUUGAGAUGGCGUUGAAACCUUCAAGCAUUGUGAAGAUUUGCAGUCGAUGCCCAUUUAACGUUUUCAGCGCUGCUUCGGUUCGCUUUCAUAAGAAGAAGAAGAAGAACAAUAAAGGGAAGAAAUACAUAGAAGGUGGAGCAAUGGCGCCACCCAUUAAGCUUCUUGGAAUCGAUGAUGAUUUACAGAAGAUUCUUCACGCAAAUAUGGAUAAAGUGGCCGCUAGACGUUAUGCUCGUGGGGCUUUUAAGGAGAUUCAGCUUGGAAUCGAUCACUGCUUGUUUAAGUUGCCAUCUGAUGUAUUGGAAACAAAUGAGUUGUAUGAAGUGAACGCUCGAGGGUUGGAAAUUUUCUGUAAAAGUUGGCUUCCAAAGACCUCGCCACUAAAAGCAUUGGUUUGUUAUUGUCAUGGUUAUGGAGACACUUGCACAUUUUUCUUCGAAGGAAUCGCUAGGAAGUUGGCAUCAUCUGGAUUUGGAGUUUUUGCAAUGGAUUACCCUGGCUUUGGUCUUUCAGAAGGUCUUCAUGGAUAUAUUUCUAGCUUUGAUGCAAUUGUUGAUGAUGUCAUUGAGCAUUACUCCAAAGUCAAAGAGAACCCAGAGUACCGAAAUCUUCCAAGCUUCCUGUUUGGACAGUCUAUGGGUGGAGCAGUUGCUCUGAAGGUUCACCUAAAACAACCUAAUGCAUGGGAUGGUGCUGUUCUUGUUGCACCAAUGUGCAAGAUUGCAGAUGACAUGGUUCCACCUGAGUUUUGGAAGAAUAUUCUAAUUGGUGUAGCUAAGUUUCUUCCCAAACAUAAGCUAGUUCCACAGAAGGAUAUUGCAGAGAUGGCAUUCAGAGACAUGAAAAAGAGGGCUUUGACACCCUAUAAUGUUAUUGCAUACAAGGAUAGACCACGGUUAGGAACGGCUUUAGAGUUACUUAAAACUGCUCAAGAGAUAGAGAAGCGACUGGAGGAAGUUUCUUUACCAUUACUCAUAUUGCAUGGAGAGGCUGAUAUUGUAACAGAUCCAUCAGUAAGUAAGGCUUUGUAUGAAAAGGCAAGGACUCAGGACAAGAAACUCUGCCUAUACGAGGGUGGUUAUCAUGCUCUCCUUGAAGGUGAACCAGACGAAAUGAUGUUUCAAAUUUUUAAUGACAUCAUUUCCUGGCUCGAUGAGCACAGCAUAAGAAAUACCUCUUCUUGAAUCACAUUGAUUUCUUGUUUGUCAAAAGAAGCUGGUAUUAUUGUUUUUCUUAUUCUUGUACAGUGAUUUGAGAUGUUAUGUAAUUGUGAUUAUAAACUAUUAUUGAUCAAUCAAAGGCAAACAUCAUAAUCUGGA